CUUUGCUCUUUGCAGAAGUACAGAAACGAUGAUGUCGGUCGUUUAAUAUUCAAAUCCUCCAUGAAUUCUCGAGGGUUGAUCGAAUCGAAAUGAGCCAUUUUUAUUAUUCUUCGAAUAUAUUUUAGACCGUUUAUAUAUUGUUGCGUGUAAACAAUGAAUUAUAAUAUCUAUUUAUACUAAUACAAUAGUUUAAAUGAAGCUAUUGUUACAAUUGUAAUAGUGAUCUAUCGUAGGAAAUUUUCAAACAAUAUAAAUGAUUUUAAAAAAUUAUUUUUAACUCUUUCCGCUUUGUGAGCAUUAAAAGGGCCUUUUUUCAUACUCAUCAUGGAUUUGGAAAGGUCCACAAUGGGAAGAUGCUGGAUGGUGAGGGAUAUGACCGGACUUAUUCGAGAUAGACUACUCAUGAAAAAUCUCUUGAGUUGCUAAUCCAGAUUUGAUCCCGGAUCCCCCAGUAUGGCGCGCUUUGCCUCGGGGGUCUUCUUUUCAACAAGCCCAUUACGGUGCGGCCGAGUGGUGAGAAACGUGGCCCGAUGUAUCCGAAAUAAUCAGCAACAAAAAAUUGCUGGUGUUUUUCAACUCGUCCACAUAAAUUCUGGGUACCCGGAGCAGCAGGCUGCAACUUUAACCGCUCGGCCAUCCGGACCAAUGACAAAAGAAAGAAAAAUGAGAGAGUGUCAGCCGACAGAUAAUUUUAUGCCCUCAGAAAUCGCACGACUUGUUCUUGGUUAUUUAAAAGAAACAAAUUGCGCGAAUACUUGGGAAAUGUUUCUUUCAGAAAGUCCGCAUUUACACGAAUACAAACAGUUAUUUAAUGAAGGGAAAGAAUAUCCGACUAAUUUCAACGGAAAGAGCUUAUUAGAUAUUCUUCAUUAUUACUACACGGCAUCAUUAAAAGAUUCUACAGCAGCAAGCGAAAUGAAAUCCAUUAUCGAAAGGUUAGAAAAUUCAAUAUCUCAGUUGAGAAACUACACAUCAGAGUCUCUUCAUCCGAGAACGGCAAAACAGUUGAGUAUAGGAUGCAUUAGCAGGCAGACAACACUGCAGUGUGUUAGGACACUUUCCAAUAUUGCAGCUACCUCCAGUCAAAGAUCCCAGCCGAACAGAAAUGAAAUCAGAAACAAUAAUAUUUUGAGUUUAAAUUCUUGUUCGGAUAGAAAUAUAAGAGUUGAAACUCAAAUGGAAGUAGAGCAAACAUCGCCAAAUAUAUGGAAUGAUUCGAAUUCACAAAUUUCACGUAUCACUCCUGUGUCGUCUUCGUCCUUUAUUAAUGAAAAUCCUACUGUACAAAGUAAUGAAUACCAUUCUAGUAACCCUGUGGGUUUUGUUAAUUCCUGUUUAAAUAAAGAAACUGAAUUAGAAAGAGCAAAAUCUGAUCAUAUGAAAAAUGUAUCUAAACAAAAUUAUGUUAAUGUAAAUAGCUCUGUAUCAUUGUCAAAUAAUAUAUCUCAGGCAUCCUCGUCUGUUCGUCUAGAACCCGAAAUAACGGAACAUUGUACAGAAUUAUCGUUGUUUGAUAAGAGAAGUUGUAAUAAUUUCGCUAAGCAAUAUCCCUGUUCAUCUAGUCAUUCUGCUCAGUCUUGUCAUCAUACCACAACGCAACUGAUCUCAUCUUCCUCAAAAGAACCUAUGUCAAUUUGCGAGAAUGAAAACGUCUUUGUUACCCAGUGCCAUCAGCAAACCUGCUCUUGUGUUUUGUCUACGGGUAUUAGUCAUAAUUGUAAUUUUUCCACUUGCAUUUCUUCGGCAUCUGCCAAUAACAAAGCAUCUAAUCAAUAUUCUACUAGCAACAAUUUAAGUUCACUGACAGUUCAUAACAGAAAUACUCCUACUUUACCUUCCGUUUCAAAUAACACUUCUGUUUUAUCUAGAAAUUCGAUAGAAUUUUCUUGCCCUUUACAAAAUGAAAGAACCAAUAUAUCGCUAGGAAAUAACAAUGAAAGUAUAAAUAUCACAUCCACUAACAACUUUGAUUGUAUAGCAAGAGUGAAUUUAUCGUCGGCUAUAAAUCAAGAAGUUAGAUCGUGUGCUGUGGGCCACUUCAAUUUCCCGAUUUCCACUUCGACUAUGGAACAUUCACCUUCUUCAUUAUUUUCUCAGCAAAGAAAUUUAUUACCGUCUUUAACCACUCCUGUUAAAGAUCUGAUGGAAUACGAAGAUUACUUCCGUUCGCCGAAAAGGAAAAGCCUUCUUCCAAGGAGGAGGUUGUUAUCUUCAUUUUCUCCGACCGUCUGUCCGAACAGCGAAAACGAAAGUAAUAGGAAAGAUACAGGAAUAGUUUCAGAAGAAAUUACUCAUCCGGAAGAAGAAAUUAUUGAUUAUGGAGGAAUAUUAAUGGAAGAACUGAUCAAUUUCCAUCCUUUAUUUGAGAAAAUAGCAGAAAACAUUAACAAAGUAGUGAGCAACAAUCAUAAUCAGCCGAUAGAUACGACCAAAGCGAUGACCGAUAGCGAAGCAUCUUUAUCGUCUCAGGAGAGUCACGUACCGGAAGCAUUAAUUAAGGAUAUCUUAAACAGGACGGAAUCCGAUCCAGUAUUUGAAGAAGUUCUAACUUUCCUAUGUGAGAAAGUUGAUUCGAGUAGAGAUAGCUUCGAGAACGAAAACAUUUCCCAAGCGAAUGACGUUCAAGAAUCCAUACAGUCGGGAAAUAAAGAAUUGCCUAAGCAAAAUCUUCCAUUUAACUCAUCUGAAAUUUUGAAUGAUACCAGCACAACUCUAAAAGAGAAUGAUGAUGUAAGUGUUGCACAGUCUUUCCAAGACAUUAACAAACAAUGCUUGAAUAAAGAGAAUAAUAAUACUCAGAACUGUAACAACGAGAGACCAUCGACUAGCGAAACUAGCAACACAUUGCAGAAUCCCUCCAUUGCCGUAUGUUCCGAAUUGCCAAACGUAGAAUCCGAAGUUAAUCUUAAUACGAACGUUUCGUUGCCAGCAACAGUAGAUUCAAAUGUACGGAUAUUAGAAAAUGGACUCAAUACCAACGUGACUCUUGCAAGUAACUUUGUCGUACAGCCUACUGCCGUGACUCCCAUCAAGAUAAACGUGCCAGACUUUCAGUUCUUAACAGUUUCUCCAAGUCAUUUAUUUGGAAUGCAAACUCUUCUCAGUUUUGAGCCAAAAAGAACCCCCAAGAGAGUUCAACCCAUUCAACCUAAAUUAACGGAUGGAUCUUCUUUGCUAUCCAAUGCAAAUUCUACUUGCGUUCUACAGCAUAAUAAACAAAGAACACCCAAUGGAAAGAGGCCGAAAAGGCAGCGAUGCCUGAAAUCAAAGUUGCAGAAAAUAAGCGAAAAUACGUCUAUUAACCAACUGAAAGCCAACAAGCCUUGCAAUAAAUUGCCGUCUAAUCCCUUGCAAAGCAAAUUACCUCAAGAAAAUUCGCAACUACAUUCUCCUCCCAGAAAUGCAAAUAACAAACCAGAACAGAUGGAUAAGACCAGCCCGCAGUUGAAAUCUCUGGUGACGUCGGCUCAGGCACUGGCGGGUCGCUCGUGCCGUACUCCAAAGGCACACGUGAGAGUUUUGGAUUUUGGACCCGAAGCCAAUGCCGCCAACAGCAAGACCAGUUACGUGAACAACAUUAAACAGAACAAUUUGAUUGCCCAGGUCGACCUUCCCUCAGAAAUCGUUUUGGGAAAUGAAAAUCAGGUUUCGGAGGACAAGCAAGAGAUCCACCUGGGAUAUCUAAACGAGACGGGCGAACUCGUCAUCUAUCUUAACGAUCCGGAAGCGUUGAACGAAAGUGUUGUCACGGUGCCCUACAACAGCGAAAUAACCAUUCCCGCCAUCGUAACUUACACGUCCGCAAACCAAGCUUCAGAAGUGGCAAUUGUAGAGAACACGGAGAAUGCAAAUGCUGCCAAUGACAGCGAGAUAGCAGAAACACUGGUCUCUCUUGCCAGCAGCGGUCGAAAUGCAAGUAAACCCACACGAAGCAAACAGAACAAGACAACAGGACAGAGUUCAGCCAAGAGGAAUUUUCAAGCGAUACUUCCCAAGAAGCCACAGAAAACAAAGCAGAAGUCUCAGGAUAAGUUGCUGCAAGGCAUGGAUGUGGACAAAUUUCUUUCGAGAGUUCACCAGGGCGAAUGAGAAAACAAAGAUUUGAAAAUGUGUGUAAUACAGUGCCUUUUGAAACAUUGCAAUGACUUAUGUAAAUAUUCUUUACAGUGAGGUAUUUGUUGUUUUAAACAAAC